AUGUCUUCGGAUGACGAGCAGGGGCUGGGGGACCUCUUCGCCGCAGGGGAGGAGGCGCCACCGACGUACCCCGUCGAGGAGCUGUGCAUUCAUCGUAUUCAGCUGCGGCAUGAGGGAGUCACCAACGCCGGCUUCAUACCGCUCCUGCAGCGCCUCGACCGGGCAUCGCCUGAUGACCGCGGUGACAUCGCGCUGGCGCCGCUGACGGUGUAUUACCGCAACAAGCGGCACAGUUUGUGGGGGCACAAGCUGUGGAACGCCGCCAAGUACAUGGUGAAGCGGAUGGACAGCCAUAUGAUUGAUGUGCGCGGCAAGACUGUGCUGGAGCUCGGAGCCGGCCUUGGCGUGCCAUCACUCGUCGCCUACAGGAAUGGCGCACGCUGUGUGGUGGUGACGGACUACCCGGAUUCGGAUCUGAUUGAUAUUCUCGAGAUGAAUGUACGUGCGAACUGCGCCCCCGACAUGCUUGACGCCGAUGCUGUGGAUUUCCUGCUGCAAGAGGCGCGAGAGCGAAAGGUAGCAUGUGCCUCUAGCCAAGGCGGCGCCAGCAACAAUUGUGGUGAAGUUGAACUAACGGAUGUGGAGCGGCAACGGGCAACGUCCACGCGUUGUGUAGUGGAGCCGCUGCUGUGGGGCAAGGAUUCGCACAUUCGUCAGGUGAUGUCGUACACGGGUGGUUCCGGCUUUGACAUUGUGCUGCUCUCCGAUAUUCUAUUUAACCACGUCUGCAACGACGACCUCGCGGACACUGUGGCACGCGUGUUGCAGAGGGGCCCGCAUGCCGCCGCGUACUGCGUUUUCUCGCACCACCGGGCCUACAAGCAGGUUGAAGACCUGGAGUUCUUCGACAAGUGCGUGGCGCGCGGUCUGCGCUACGAGCAGGUUGAUGAAGAGAAUUACCCACUGAUGUUCCCAGAGGACCGUGGUCCGGCAGAGGUGCGGCAGCCCGUGAAGGUGUACAAGAUUGUGCACUACUUUGACGAUGCGGGGGCGGCGUUUGAGCCUGGCCACGAUGUGUUCGACGUCGUCAUUCAGGGAACUGGGCAGGUGGAGUCCCUGUUGUCUGCCGCCCUCGCGCGCAGUGGAAUUCGUGUGCUGCACUGUGACGGCCAAGAGGACUACGGUGGCGCCUUCAAGACACUCUCAGUGGUGCAGAUGCGGGAAUACAUCGCAGCAACGGCAAUAACAGCGAGAAGGACAAAAGCACAGGUUUUGGAGAAGGAUUCUGGUGCGUGCGACGAGACGCAUAACGAGAAUGACGCUUUCAUCUCUCUGGAUGUCAUGGAUACGCUCGACCUCCGGAAGCAGCGGCGUUUUCUGCUCGACCUUCUCCCGAUGCACUACUUGUCGAGCGGUGAGACAGUGCAGCAGCUCAUGGGGUCUCAUAUGGCGCGUCACCUGGAGUUCCAGCGCUUUGCUAGCUUCACAUUCCUCCUCCCAGUAGACGGAAGCAGCAGGAGUGGCUUUAGGCUGCAGAGCGUCCCGCUCACGCGCGGGCAGGUGUUCGCCGACGGCCACAUGGGUCUUAUGCAGAAGCGUCGCCUGAUGAAGUUUGUGAAGGAUGUGGAGGCGUCUUUGGCGGAGCAGCUGCACGCCCGUACCGCCGACGCUGGUGACGACCCGCUCUCGCAGGCGGCGCUGACGCAGGCCCGCGCGGUCGCCGAGCAGGCUGGGCGACUUUUUGCGGAGGAGGCCCGCGCCAACCCUGGCGAGACGCUGAGCGCAAUGCUUGAGCGUAAAUACGGCGUGACCGGUGACGCGCUCGACAGCGUGACGCUGAUGCAGCAGCUCAACACAACGCCGAAUGAUGCACUGCGCUCAGUCGAGCUGGUUCGGCAGGUGCUGACCUCUGUUGGGGCCUUUGGCGGCUCGACACCAUUCCUGCAGUCUAUGUAUGGCACCAGCGAGGUACCACAGAAUAUGUGCCGCAUUGCCGCUGUGUGGGACGCCACUUUUGUGCUGCGGCGCAGUCUGCGUCGUGUGGUGCCUGGCGCCGCUGCGCCGUCAGCUGAGUUGAGCAACCACCAACGCAUCAAGGCGAAGGUGGCGGUGGUUCCCCGCGUACUGGCCGGCUGCUUUGCAGCACCGCGCAAGACCGAAGAAGAAGAAGAAGAAGAAGAGGCGGUUAGAGGUGAAGUGCAAUUCUCGCGUGUCAUCAUGGUUGCCAAGGCGCCACUUGUGUCGUGGGGGGCGCUGCGUGCGGCCGGGUGCUGCGAGGCGGCAGCGGAGGAGACGGGAACAGAGCGUGACGCGAUGGAGGCGUUCCCGCCGCUUGUAUUGGCGCUGUGCCACGCGCGGCCUGGAGUUGUCGUUCACGUGCAGCAAACCAGUGCCGCUGCGGAGCAGGCACCGGAUGACGGCGCCUCUGUUGUGGUGCACUUCACCGUUGACAACAGUCGCAUGGGGGCGGGAGAGCUGCACCGCUUCGUGAAGGAGUCUUUUGUGCGUGAUGCCACCGCUGAUUCUACUNCACCGCCCACUGGCAGCUCCCUUACGGUGGACGCGAGUCAGAUAUUGUUUCUUGCCGCAUUUGUUCUGGGGGAGCGGGAGGAGGCACAGCGCAGCCUUCUCAAUCCUGUAACAGCGGGAGGGGUUAAUGACGCAGACCUCAGUGAGACGCGCAAGGCUCAUCCGUAUGCGGUGGAGGAAUACCGCAAGCGACAGCAGCGGCAGCAACAGCAGCAGUGUGAAGGAGAUUUGGGUGAUAGUGAAGAGGCUUGCCAGGUUGUGUCUGUUCCAACUCUGUUCGAGAACCUUAUUGACGACGGUGCCUAUGUUCAGGCCGCGAAGAAGGCGUACGACUCGGUUGUGGCGAAGCUGCAGCUGCGGGAGGAGGACGGCAAACAGUACACAUUUCUUGAGUGUCUUCCCCCUCUCCCUGGCGAGGGUUCGUGA